GCUCUAUUGCACACUCAGAUCAGUCAGCGGAAUUUCCAAAUUUCAGCCCCUAUAGCCUCACUUACACUUUUUCAAUCUUGAGGUGUCCAGGCUGAUUCUUAUAACUUCUGACUGCUUGGUUGGUCUCUCUCAACAUACGAUCCGCCAUUAUCAUUUAUAAACUUCAGCGACUACAAACUUCCUCCCACCCUCUCAAGAUCGACGUUCUUAUUUUCAUACUCUUACAGUCUCUGAUUGUUUGAUCUCUUAAUUCACAACAAUCAGACCCGUCUCCAGCAUUUCGAUCACUUCAGCUUCUCUCAACUUUUUCAGGUUCAAUCCUCAAGCUUCAGGUCUCAUACUUCUACAGCCUCAGACUGCCCGAUCCCUUGACAAGCAGCAUUCAGAUCCUUCUCCGACUUUCCGACCACUUCAGCCACGGCAAUAUCAACACGCGCUUCUCAAUUCCAAAGCUUUUGAUAUUACGCCUUUACAACCUUGCUCCCACCUCACCAACCAAGAAGAAUUCGAUCUCAUAACUUCACGGCCUCAAAAUUGUCAAUAUCUGUCAUACAGCUCUCAAAUCCACUUCCGGCAUUUCCAACCGGUUCUACAAACUCACCUUCGCCUUUUCAAUCCGGUACCCUUUCGAUCUCAAAGUCUUCAAUCUCUCCCUGCUACCGCCUCACAAUUUACGGUCCCAGCUCGCUCUUCAAGUCUAACAUUUCUGCUGUGAGAAUCCCUUUGACCUGGACCUUGUCCAUCGCCUACGAUCCAAGAUGGCUUCACCUUCAAUUGCAGAAGACCAAGCCGCCAUGUCUGCCUCAGAGAUAACUGUCUUGGUAGAUGUGGUGCCAUUUGGCUUCCGCGAUCCUGUCAAAUUCAAUGAUUACCAGAGUUACGGUCGCCUUGCCUAUAUUCUCGGGCUCGACAACAAAGCAGCCGUAAAGGCAUGGAUGGCAAGCGAGUCCUUCAAACCUGCCUACGACGAACUCGUCUGUGACUGGAUCGACCUUCAAUGGGACAAAGCAGUCGACGGCAUGAGGCGUAAGAGAGCACCAACCUUGAAGCAAAUCACCCAGAGAAUUUCCAAGGCCCCUGAGCGCUAUACCUCAGCAACAGGCGUCGUUGACAAAACCAACUUCGUGGAGAUCGACCACUAUGCGCUGUGUCUUGUGCUCCUGCGGGCCGCGAAUGAGACAAAUCCCAAUGGUGUGUUCAGGGGAAAGACUUGCAGCGAUGAGAACAAGGAUCAGAGACUGUGGCAGGCGAUGCUUCGGGGUGGUACUGAAGCGUGGUAUCACCGGAAGAGACGCGUCAAAUUGACUCCGGGCGAGGAAAUGUACGCGUAG